AUGGAACGACAAAAAGCAACAGAGAAGACGCUGCAUGACCAGACCAACAUCCUGCCCUUUGCGCAGCUGGUGGUGGUCUUCACUGGCCUGGCCAUCUCGCUGUUGAUCACGAUGGUAGACCAGAAUGGCAUCAGCGUCACCCUGCCGACGAUUGCUCGGGACCUCAACGCCGAGAACACCAUCUCGUGGGCAGGCACCUCGUCCCUGAUCGCCAACACGAUGUUCACGGUGCUCUACGGCCGCCUAUCUGACAUCUUCGGACGCAAGAUCGUGUACCUUGCGGCGCUCUGCCUGCUGUGCGUCGCCGACCUGAUUUGCGGGCUGUCGCAGAAUGCACCCAUGUUCUAUGUCUUUCGCGGGCUGGCGGGCGUUGCCGGCGGCGGCGUGACCUCUCUGACGAUGAUCAUUGUCUCCGACGUGGUGACGCUCGAGAGGCGUGGCAAGUACCAGGGCAUUCUAGGUUCGGCGCUCGGCAUGGGUAAUGUCAUCGGGCCCUUCCUGGGCGCCCUGUUCACAAUGAAGGCCACCUGGCGCGGGUUUUUCUGGCUUAUCUCGCCACUGGCGGCCUGCUCGGCCGUCGUGGGAUACUUUCUGAUCCCCAGCAACAAGCAAGCGCGCAAGGAUGGCCUCCAGAAAAACAUCCGCAAGAUCGAUUUCUAUGGCAUCACCGCCUCGUCGAUCGCCAUCAUCUUCCUCUUGAUCCCCAUCUCCGGCGGCGGCUCGUAUUUCUCGUGGGAUUCCCCCAUGGUGAUCGCUAUGCUGACCGUCGGCGGGUGUGCAUUGAUUGCCUUUGUGAUUAUUGAAUGGAAGGUGGCCGCUCUUCCCAUGCUUCCAACGUUCUUCUUCAAAAACCCCGUGGUUGCAGCUCUGUUCCUGCAGAGCUUCCUGCUGGGCGCGGUCUACCAGUCGUAUCUGUACUACCUGCCACUUUACUACCAAAACGCGCACGACUGGUCCCCCAUAAAGUCUGCGGCAUUGACGGCGCCGCUAGUGGUCUGCCAGUCUCUGGCGUCGAUUACCUCCGGGCAGUACAUCUCGCGACGCAAACGUUACGGGGAGAUUAUCUGGCUGGGCUUCACACUCUGGACGCUAGGCGCCGGGUUGACGGUUAUUUUCAAGCGUGAUACCCCCCCGGGCGUGAUUGCGGGCAUCAUGGUGGUCAUGGGGAUCGGCGUGGGGUUCACCUUCCAACCCACGAUGGUCGCCAUGCAAGCACACGUUACCAAGUCCCAGCGUGCGGUCAUCAUCUCCGACCGCAACUUCUUCCGCUGCUUCGGCGGCGCCUGCGGGCUUGCGAUCUCCGCCGCGGUCCUGCAGGCCACCCUGCGCGCGAACCUGCCUGCCGGAUUCGAGUACCUGGCUAAAUCCUCGUACUCGCUCCCUACCCGCACCGGCAUCUCGGACGCAGACUGGAAUCUGAUCCUGCUCGCGUACGCGAAAGCCUCGCGCGGCGUCUUCAUGGUGCAGGCUCCCUUAAUCGGGGUCUGUCUUGUGGCCUGCCUCUUCAUCCGGGACCGAGGGCUGGAACGCCCGAAAGAGCCCGGUGAGGAAGAGAAUGUCCCAGCGCCAGCAGCCGAAGUGCCGCAAGAGACUACAAACGAGCCUACAUCGACGGAGAAGGAGAUGCAUGCAACUGAACCUUCUGCCUCUUCUUUCACGGAGAAGGAGGCCGUCGUGCUCGAGUCUUCUGAUUCGACUACUAUAGAGGAGACAGACAUAGACGUCGUCUCGCCACAACGACUGAGCAUUACCAUUUCUACUGCCAUCACCACCACAACCAGGGGCAUCGAGCGAUGUAUCGAUACGCCGUCCGCACGGAACCCGGUGAAGGCUCGUCAUGGACAAUCUUGGGGCGGCGCUGCCCUCUACGUUGAGAGACUACAACCCCCGCAAGCGAGGGAGAACGGCGUGUACGCGUGUGACAAUGAUUAUCCGGUGUGCUUCAACUGUCGGAAGGCCGGGGUUGCCUGUGACAUUUCGGCUGUGAGGCAGGAGAAUGGACAGCAGAACGACUAUACUCGCACGUUAGAAGAGCGGAUUGCGUAUCUAGAAGGCAAGCUCGCCCAGACAGACGCCUCGAGCGUCGCCAACGGGUCGAGUAGUGUGCUGCAUCCCGUUGCGGCCCUGCUGUCUCCGCAGAGCAGCCAGACGCCGACACAAACGCGGGCCACUACCGGCGUGGACAGUAACCCGGCCGGGGAACUCGUGGGGUUUCUGGCACUGAACUCGUCCGAGGCGCCGGCCUAUGUGGGCUCUAGUUCGGGGCUCUCGCUUGUCGCAAACCUCGGCGAGAUGGUCCAGGCCACCGUCUGGGACCAGAUCCUCUCUGCCGCACGGGGGCGGCAGCAGCAACAAAAUUUAGCCAGCAAAGGUCAACAGCAGCAGCAGAUGACCGGGUCUUCAUCUCAAACCCCAGGCCCUGGGAGCAACGACCGGCCCGCCAAUCUAGAAGAAUUGGCGACCAAGACCGCUGGUCCGCCGAGUGAUGAGCUUGGUGAGAGGAUUUUGCAGGCGUACAUGAAGCGGCUGCACACCCGGUAUCCGUUCCUGGACCGGACGGAGAUCUGGCGAUUGCACCACGAUCGGUGGCGUCUUGCGAAGAUCAAACGCGAGGAGCUAUCCAAGGAGGAGCGCUUCGGGCUCUUCAAACUGUACAUGACGUAUGCGAUUGGAGCGGCCACUAUCCACAUGAACGAGAAAUGUACAUAUGUAGCUCCUGAGACCUUCUACUUUACCGCGCUGCAAAGCAUGCCGGCCAAGUGCGAGACACGGUCGAUUGAGAAUAUCGAGGCGAUGAUGUUGCUGGUCAUCUUUCAUCUGCGCUUUGCAUCCAGCCACGGCAUGUGGUACAUGAUCGGGCUCGCGAUGCGGACGGCCAUCGACCUCGGGCUGCACCGCAAGGCGAACGAGAUCAGUCUAGACCCGUUCACAGCGCAGAUGCGCCGGCGGCUGUUCUGGACAGUGUACUACCUGGAACGAGUGGUGUCGAUGUCGCUGGGCCGGCCGUUCAGCAUUUCCGACCGACACAUCGACCUCGAGCUGCCGCUGGACGUCGACGACGACAUCCGCGACCCGGCAGUGCUGACGCAGACGCCGCCGCCGACUCCCAACCCGCAGAAGGCCAGGCCGACGACGACGCUCACGGUGGCGAUCUACCUGAUCCGGCUGCGGCGGAUCGACUCGCGCAUCCAGUACAAGAUCUACCGGGCGGACCGGCCGCUGCACUCGCUACGGCCGAAGAUGGACCGGCUGUACCUGGAGCUAGAGGAGUGGAAGGCCUCUGCGACGUCACGGUUCAGCGGCUCGGCGCUCGACCACCCGAUGCUGCACUACAACCGGGCGGUGCGGCUGCUGAUCCAGCCCUUUCUCCCGCUCCUCCCCAUCACAGACCCGUACUACCACAUCUGCCUACGCGCGGCGGGGGACAUCUGCCAGACGCACAAACGCCUGCACUCGACGCCCGAGUACGGCCACUCGUUUAUGGCGGUGCAGACGGUGUUCAUGGCGGGGAUCACGCUGCUGUACGCGCUGUGGACGCACACGGAGCGCAUCUGGUCCGUACAGAUGAGCAACGACGUGCGCGCCUGCUCAACCGUUUUGUUUGUGAUGAGCGAGCGCGCCGCCUGGGUGAAGAAGUACCGCGACGCGUUCGAGCUGCUCGUCAACGCCGCCAUGGAAAAACUCCAGGGCGACGACACCGCCAAGAUGGUGGGCAUUGCCGAGCUGAUGACUGCUCAGAACGGAUAUACUGCGUUUCACACUGCUGCUGCUGCUAAUCCUACAACUACUACUACUGCUACUGCUACUGCCACAGCUACUGCUGAUACUAAUGCAGCCAUGUUCAUACCCAGCACAAAUCUACCCGUGCCCGAGUUCACGAUCAGUCCGCCAGAUAGCCACGAGCACGGCGUGCGGAUGGCGCUGCAGCUGGCGCCGUGGAUCGACCAGGACGAGAACAGUCCGUUGUGGAUGCCUGAUUUCGAGACGCUGGAGAACCUGUCGGGGGGGGUAUGGAGUUAUGGCGACACGACUACUCCUUUUGAUUUCUAG